UUGUGACCUUGAAGGUCACUACGGCUGACCUAUGAGAAAAUAAUCACAAUCACAACUUUGAAUUCCAGCACAUAGAAAAGAGGUUAACAAGGGAAAUGGGGUCAAAUCGCUGUUGGUAGCAUCAGGGGCCAACAACAACAACAAUAAACAGCCACUUCUUUCCUCCCUUACAAAAAGGGAGCGAGGUAGCUAGGAAGAGCACAACGUACAGCUGCCCUGCAAAAACCCAGGAACUGAACUGUGCUGAGGGAAAGGAAAGGAAAGGCAAGGCAAGAGGAUGAACACCGACGACCUGGGCUCGCCGAGGGAACUCACCGGCCUGCAGCGGAGGAGGGCGCUGUACCAACCGGAGCUGCCUCCAUGUCUUCUUCAGGGAACGAGGGUGGAGUUUGGGGACCCAACGACAACCAUUGAUUCGAAAUGCGCAGACAUCGUCGCACAGGCAUUCCCGCACACCUUCGGUCAGAGGCUGGUGCGCUUUCUGGAGCCUCACCCGGACACGGUGGUCUCUGGUUCUUCUGACGCACAAGAACGCCCACCAGUUAGGUUGGGCGUGGUGUUCUCUGGAAGACAGUCACCUCGUGGCGGGCAUAAUGUCAUAUGGGGUACUUUCGACGCUAUGAAAGCUCGGAAUCCGCACAGCGUUCUGCUUGGGUUUCUAGGUGGCACAGAAGGCCUGUUCGCAAAGAAGACGUUGGAAAUCACAGAAGAUAUGCUUUCGUCAUACAAAAAUCAAGGUGGUUUUGAUUUGCUCGGCAGGACUGUUGAUCAAAUCCGCACGACAGAGCAAGUAGAUGCUGCUAAGUCAGCAUGCUGUGAUCUUAACUUGGAUGGCCUAAUCAUCAUUGGAGGGGUGACCUCCAAUUCAGAUGCUGCUCAGCUUGCAGAAUUCUUUGCGGAGCAUGACUGCAAGACAAAAGUCAUAGGCGUCCCAGUAACGCUGAGUGGUGAUCUCAGGAAUCAGUUCGUGGAAGCAACUGUCGGUUUCGAUACAGUGUGCAAGGUGAACUCUCAGCUCAUAAGCAAUGUUUGCCUCGAUGCAAUCUCAGCUGGGAAGUACUACUAUUUUGUUCGCUUGAUGGGGGGCAAAGCAUCUCAUGUUGCAUUAGAGUGCGCACUUCAGUCUCAUCCAAACAUGGUUAUAUUAGGAGAGGAGGUGGCGUUUUCAAAGCUCACAUUGAAGGAGAUUACGAACAAGAUAUGUGACGGAGUAGAAGCAAGGGCGGAUCAAGGGAAAUACCAUGGAGUGCUAGUAAUUCCAGAGGGACUAAUAGAAAGCAUACCAGAAAUGUAUGCGCUCAUUCAGGAAAUCAAUAAUCUCCACAGUAGCAAUGUCACUGAGGCCGACAUUCCGUCUCAACUUUCUCCAUGGGCCGCUGCCCUGUUCAAGUUCCUGCCAUCGUUCAUUAGGAGAGAGUUGAUCCUGCAUCAGGAAUCUGAUAACUCAGCGCAGCUAUCUCAGAUCGAUACCGAGCAGCUCUUGGCUCAUUUGGUAGAAGCAGAAAUGAACAAGAGAACAAAAGAAGGGAAGUGCAAGGGAAGAAAAUUCAGCUCCGUGUGCCACUUCUUCGGUUCUCAGGCCCGAGGAUCGCUGCCAUCCAACUUCGACUGCAACUAUGCUUAUGUCCUUGGCCAUAUCUGUGUGCAGAUAAUGGCGGCUGGAUUGAAUGGUUACAUGGCCACUGUAACAAAUCUCAAGGACUCCACAAACAAGUGGCGAUGCGCUGCUGUUCCUCUAACGGCAAUGAUGAGCGUGAGGAGACACUUGCGUGGUCCAGGAGCUGUUCCGAUUGGGAGGCCAGUUAUCCAUCCUUCUCCUAUUGAUCUCAAAGCAGAGUCAUAUGCGGUCUUGAGAGAGAAAGCUUCAAGCUUUCUGCUAGAUGAUUUCUACAGAACUCCAGGAGGCAUUCAGUUCGAAGGACCUGGCGCAGGCACCAAGCCUAUCACAGUGACCAUAGAAGAACAGGACUAUCUGGGUGACAUCGAGAUACUGCAGGACUACUUGGACAAGGUUAGGACCAUCCUGAAGCCUGGAUGCUCACGGGAGAUUCUCAAGGCAUCCAUAAGCUCCAUCGCGUCAGUAAACGACGUGCUCAAGUUCAUGUCGGCGCCCCUCAACACAGAGCUUCCUCUCUACCAUUUCAGCUGAUUUUUUUUUUAAAACCACAACAAAUACACUGCUCUAGCCAAUGAAAAUCCGGUUGUCAUAUGACAUGAGUCCAGUUUAGAAAAUCUGGUGGAGAAUCCAGAGUGCCUUCUUUUGUAACCUCUUUUUUAUUCAUGAUAUAUAAUAUUAUUGCAGAUACUGGAUAAGGAUCAGUAGGAUAGGAUGGCUUGCUUCUACAGCCUAAACUACCUGAGCAAUUCGUAACAUGUUUCUCCAAUAAAUAUGAUCUGACAAAAUCCAUGUGCGGGA